AUGGCCGAACAUGUAGAGGGUUUUCAAGGACCCCUGACUGUGAAGCAAUUCGAAGGCGGCCAGUCCAACCCGACGUUUCAGCUCAUUACACCGUCAGUCACCUACGUUCUGCGCAAACAGCCCCCUGGUGAACUGCUGCCGUCUGCGCACCAGGUUGAUCGCGAAUAUCGGGUUAUGCAUGCCUUGUGGGACACACCCGUGCCCGUGCCAAAAAUGUACUGCCUGUGUGAGGACACCAGCAUCAUCGGCACCAAGUUCUACGUCAUGGAGAUGAUCGAAGGUCGCCUGUUCACAGAAACCCAUCUACCGUCCCUGACUAACGAAGAGCGUCGUGCCAUCUACCUCGAUCUUGCCAGGGUCAUGGCACUGCUGCAUGCCGUGGACCCUGACGCGGUCGGCCUGUCCGAGUUUGGCCGCCCGGGAAAUUAUUACGAGCGCCAGAUUGGGCGCUGGAGCAAGCAAUACCAGGCUUCAAAAACCGAGCAGAUAGACGCCAUGGAUACAUUAAUGGCCUGGCUGCCGGACAACAUUCCAGCCGAUGCAGGCAGCGUGAUCGUGCAUGGCGAUUUUCGCUUAGGCAACGUUCUGAUCCACCCUACCGAACCUAAAAUUGUUGCGGUCCUCGACUGGGAACUGUGCACCUUAGGCGAUGGCCUGGCAGACCUGGGCUACGUGUGCCAGGAAUAUCACGGUGAGUCAUACGAAGACGAAGGUCUCGCGAGUGUAGACUUUGAGGCCACCGGCAUACCCACAGAGGCUGAGUUUGUUGCCGAAUACUGCAAACAUGCGGGUAGAGACAAGAUCGACAAGUGGCACUUCUAUCUCAUCUACAACAUGUUCCGUUCUGCCGGCAUCAUUCAAGGUGUUUAUAAACGCGGAUUAGAUGGCAACGCCAGCUCUGCUAAAGCGCUGGAAUACAAAGAAGCGGCAAGGACACGAUCUGAGCGAGCGGUAGCACUGCUUGAAGAAAUUGCCCUUUUCCUCGGUACCAACAUCGCCAUCAUUGCGCUGAUCAGUGUGGUUUUCCGCCUGUUUGGCUUUGAAGGAUUUCUCGCCGAAAACGGUGUAGACCUGAAUCUCCAGGCGCUGCUGGUGUACUCCGCAGUGGUUGGAUUUGCCGGCUCAUUCAUUUCUCUUGCGCUGUCCAAGACCAUGGCUAAACGCAGCAUGGGUGUACAGAUUAUCGAGCAGCCUUCAUCCCAGACUGAGCGCUGGAUCCUGGAGACCGUUGCCCGCCAGGCUGAACAGGCAGGCAUCAGCAUGCCUGAGGUAGGCAUAUUCGAUAGCCCCUCGCCCAACGCCUUUGCAACCGGCUGGAACAAGAACGCAGCGCUGGUGGCUGUCAGUACGGGUUUGUUGCGGCACAUGGAGCGCGGUGAGGUUGAAGCGGUGCUUGCUCAUGAAGUCAGCCAUGCAGCCAAUGGCGACAUGGUUACCCUGAGCCUGAUUCAGGGCGUGGUGAACACGUUUGUUAUUUUCCUGUCGCGCAUUGUGGGUCAUCUCGUCGACCGGCUUGUUUUCAAAGUGGAGCGCGGACAUGGCCCUGCAUUCUGGAUCGUUUCGAUGGUCGCUGAAGUCGUUUUUGGCAUGUUAGCCAUGGUGAUUGUUAUGUGGUUCUCGCGCUGGCGGGAAUUUCGCGCAGAUGAGGGUGGCGCUGCUCUGGCAGGCAAACAGAAUAUGAUCAACGCCCUGCGCAGACUGCAAAGUGCCAGCGACGCAGAACCCAUGCCAGAUGAGAUGCGCGCAUUAGCCAUUAAUGCUGGAAAGAUGCAGGCGAUGUUCUCCAGUCAUCCGCCAUUGGAAGCUCGAAUUGCAGCGCUGGAAAGCAGUAUCUAG